AGCCUCCUCUGCCCGGGUGCUGGUGCUCCACCCAACUCGGACCCCCAGGGUUGCACAGCCUUGAGCCCUGGCCGGCAGGGAGAGCGGCGCCCUGCUGCAUUGGUUCCUCUCCUCCAGAGCCUCUGUGGGAGAGCUACGCGGCUCCUCCCCCUCCUGAUGCUGAUGGCGCCCCAGCCUCCGCCCCUUAGCGGAUGCGCGGCGGAGGCCGGCAGAUGAGGCGGGUUAAAGGUGGUGCCGCCGGCAGGGAAGUUUAAAGCAGGAGGAGGAGGAAGAAGGACGCUCGCUUGCCGGUACUAGAGGCGUCUUUGCUGCCGCAUCAUGGCGGAGCCGGGCGACUCGCCUCUCCACGUCCAGCAGCAAGAGCAGGAGCCGGAGCCUCAGCCAGCGCCAGAGCCUCUUCAGCCGACUGUUGCUGCUGCUACUGCUGCUGUUCCUCCAGCGAGCCCGGCCCCUGCAGCCGCCGCUGUUGUCGCCUGGCCCAUCCUGCGGGACGCCUAUGAGCUGCAGGAGGUGAUCGGUAGUGGGGCCACAGCUGUAGUCCAAGCAGCACUAUGCAAACCCAGGCAAGAACGUGUAGCAAUAAAAAGAAUCAACUUAGAAAAAUGCCAGACCAGUAUGGAUGAAUUGCUUAAAGAAAUUCAAGCCAUGAGUCAGUGCAGCCAUCCCAACAUAGUUACAUAUUAUACAUCUUUUGUGGUCAAGGAUGAACUUUGGUUGGUUAUGAAACUGCUAAGUGGAGGGUCUAUGCUGGACAUAAUAAAGUAUGUUGUCAAUAGAGGAGAGCACAAGAGUGGUGUUCUUGAAGAAUCAAUAAUAGCAACAAUUCUUAAAGAGGUUUUGGAAGGCCUAGAUUAUCUUCACAGGAACGGGCAAAUUCAUAGGGAUUUAAAAGCUGGUAAUAUUCUUCUGGGUGAAGAUGGCUCUGUACAAAUAGCAGAUUUUGGUGUUAGCGCAUUUUUAGCCACGGGAGGGGAUGUGACUCGUAACAAAGUAAGAAAGACUUUUGUUGGUACUCCAUGUUGGAUGGCACCUGAGGUCAUGGAACAGGUGAGAGGUUACGACUUCAAGGCUGAUAUUUGGAGCUUUGGAAUAACAGCCAUUGAAUUAGCCACAGGAGCUGCACCUUACCACAAAUACCCUCCAAUGAAGGUAUUAAUGCUGACCUUGCAAAAUGACCCUCCAACAUUGGAAACGGGUGUAGAAGAUAAAGAAAUGACAAAAAAGUAUGGCAAAUCCUUUAGAAAAUUAAUUUCAUUGUGUCUUCAAAAAGACCCUUCUAAAAGGCCUACAGCUGCAGAACUUUUAAAAUGCAAAUUCUUCCAGAAAGCAAAGACUAGAGAAUACUUGAUUGAAAAGCUGCUUACAAAGACUCCUGACAUAGCACAAAGAGCAAAAAGGGUCAGAAGAGUGCCAGGUUCCAGUGGCCAUCUGCACAAGACAGAAGAUGGAGACUGGGAGUGGAGCGAUGAUGAGAUGGAUGAGAAAAGUGAAGAGGGCAAAGCUGCUUUUUCCCAAGAAAAGUCACGAAGGGUUAAAGAAGAAGAAAAUGCUGAGAUUUCCAUGAAUUCCAGCAAUAUUCCUGAUCAAAUACAGAAUCUGUCUAUAAAGGGUUCUCAGACUCGACCUGCUGUUAGCAAUGAAUGUGGUGAAAUUCCGUGUGCUGUGAAUCUCGUUUUAAGACUAAGGAAUUCUAGAAAGGAACUUAAUGACAUACGAUUUGAAUUUACUCCAGGCAGAGACACAGCAGAUGGUGUAUCUCAGGAGCUGUUCUCUGCAGGCCUGGUUGAUGGCCAUGAUGUAGUUAUAGUUGCUGCUAAUUUACAAAAAAUAGUAGAUGACCCCAAGGCCUUGAAAACAGUAACCUUUAAGCUGGCAUCUGGCUGUGAUGGUACGGAGAUCCCCGAUGAAGUAAAACUGAUUGGGUUUGCUCAGCUCAGUGUCAGCUGAUGCCAAUCUCCCGACCCCCUCAGCACAAUGGUGAGAUUGCAAAGAGGCCAGCUAUAAUCGCAAAGGAAAAUUUCCAGGCUCCGCACACAAACACACACACACACUGAGUUCUGCUUCAUUCUAUAGCAAUUCACCACCUUGGAACAAGCAAUGCCCACAGCUACACUGCUCCUGCUAACAUUCCAAAAGCUACUAAAUGUGUCUCUCGCAAUCAGUUUGGAUUUCCCCGAAGUGAACAAACAAGACGGAUUGGAAAUGCGCUCAGGUGGCUGUAUCCAUUGGUUACAAAAGGAAUUUUCUAUUAGAGCUAUUUCUUCUUUAAUUAAAAAAACUGGUAAUAACUAUUUUAGCGGCUAAUACUGACUCUGCUGUUGUAUGUAGAAAUGAACAUAAUGAUAAAUUCUAGGGCUUAUUUAGCCACACUUGAAUUUUUGUUCUGAAACCAACUGUGAAUUUUAUUUUUCCCUUAUAUUUAUGCAUUAUCCAUCCUGGCUGUGAGAAAUUGAUUUUACCCCCAUUCUUAAUUUAUGUGCUACUUGCAGUUGAACACACUUGUUUAAAGAGAGUUUCAGGUUUAUCUUUAAAGCCUAUGUCACAAUCUCUGGUUUUUUUUUUAACUGAGGUAGGCAUUUAGUUUUGGUUUUGUGUGUCCUUUAAAAAUCCAUAAGGGGAUUGUCAGGGGUGUGGGAGGUGCCUUGCAGAUAUUAAUGUCCUAAGAUUGUGCCUAAAGCUGUGUGAAUCGGAGCUCAUCUCAUUUCAAGAUCUAGCAUGUCUAGAUCUCUGAGUAAUGAGGAAGAUUUAUUGUAGCAGAGACUUGAGAUAAAUACAUAUGGCCUACAUUCUGCUUCGUGGGGGGAAUCACAAGCUGAAAUUUCUUUAAACAGUUGCCAUUAAGCUAAAAUGCCUUUACUCUGCCCAUCUCUGAUUUGGCUUAUCUUGAAGGGAUAGGAAUUGUUUUAUAAUGAGAAAAAAAACUUGAAGAGAAUCUAAGCUUUACUUGAAAUUCUGCAGAACACCCAGAUAGAGUGCAAAUAAUAGGAAAGGGCUUUGUGCAAUGAUUUAAAAGUUGAAGAAGCAAAUUUCUGUUACAUUUUUAAAACACACUUCUGACCGAAGUCAUAUGCUUAACCUGUGGCAUAGAUACUUUGGAGCUAGUCAAUGUUAGAAGGGUUCUCUAAUCUGAAGCUUAUUUUCAGAGGAAUGGGUUUCUUGGAUGUUACCUUGCUUAACUCACCUCCUAGAUAAACUUGGAUAAAUGGCAGCUCCCUAACACAUGGGGGAAUCGGCAAAUGUGUUAUUUAAGAGUUAUUUAUAAUGCCUUGUCAUAAAUGUUUGAGGUAUUCUAGAGCCAUUUGCGUACAACUCAGUGUAAUUUCAUUCCAUUCUAUUGUUUACACAAUGAUUACUCAAAGAUUGACUGCAGAGGUAAAAGGAAAUAAAAGUGUAUUGCACAAAA